GGCUGUGAAGCGCAGGAGAGAGGGGGUCACUUUUGCUGCCGCUCGCCUCUGGAGCGCUCGGACGAGGGGGCUCCCGCACCACAGGCGCUGGAAGGGAAGCGCCUGUCCUGUCUUGCGGUGGGACGAGGAAGCAGUCGGCGCCGCCACCAAGUUCCUCAGAAUGAAUUAAGGAGCUCGGACACUUCAGAGCCGCCUUCCUGCCUCCAGCCCGCCUGGACUUUAACCGCGAAAAGCUGGAAAGCGCUUGCGGGAGACUCUCAGCCCGGCUCGGAGCUGCUGCUGCCGCCGCCGCCGUCCAUCCGUCCCUCCCACCCAGUUUCACUGAACUGGUCUCUUCUGAGAUGCCAGAUAAAACACUAGAGGGUAAAGAAACCUUAUCCAGGAAUGAAGAUGGCUACCAUUUGCCUCUUGAUGUGUUGCCUUCUGUGAUGGUGGGCACCACCCCCAAGGCAACAGGGGAGGAAGACUUACACAGAGGAGACAGACAUUUCCACUAUUGUGGAAUCAAGACCAUGGAAUUGUCAGACAGUGACCGGCCAGUUAGCUUCAGCUCUACAUCAUCCUCUGCAUCGUCCAGGGAUAGCCACUGCUCCUUUGGCAGCAGAACAACCUUAGUUUCAAACAAUCAUCUGAGCUUAUUCAACCAGGAUAAAGAAUCAGGAGCCAUAAAACUAGAGCUGAGUCCAGCCCAACAAUUUUUCAACAGGGAGGUCAGAAAAAUCACCCCUGUCAAGGAACAACAAGCCUCCGAUGCAAGAAAGCUGAGUAUGCCACGAAAAGCCGAGUCAAAGGAAAGCAGCAAAAAUUGUGUCAUGUCUCUAAUUACUGAGCCUGCAAGUCCAAAGCUUCUAUACGUUGACAGAGUGGUCCAAGAAAUUCUGGAGACUGAACGGACAUAUGUCCAAGAUUUGAAAAGUAUUGUGAAGGACUACCUUGAUUGCAUCACUGACCAAUCCAAGCUCUCUUUGGGAACGGAGGACCGAUCUGCUUUGUUUGGAAACAUAAAAGAUAUCUAUCAUUUCAAUAGUGAACUUUUGCAAGACUUGGAAAACUGUGAAAACGAUCCUGUCGCUAUAGCUGAAUGUUUUGUUUCUAAGAGUGAAGAUUUUCACAUAUACACACAGUAUUGCACCAAUUAUCCAAGGUCAGUGGCCGUACUAACAGAAUGCAUGAGGAACAAAUCCCUGGUCAAAUUUUUCAGAGAAAGACAAGAAGCACUACAACAUUCACUCCCUUUAGGAUCCUAUCUCUUAAAACCUGUCCAGAGAAUACUGAAGUAUCAUCUGCUUUUGCAUGAGAUAGAAAACCACUUAGACAAGGACACUGAAGGUUAUGAUGUGGUUUUGGAUGCUAUAGAUACAAUGCAGAGAGUGGCAUGGCAUAUUAAUGACAUGAAGAGGAAACAUGAGCAUGCUAUUCGGCUGCAGGAGAUACAAAGUUUACUCACUAAUUGGAAAGGACCAGACCUUGCUAGUUAUGGAGAGCUGGUUUUAGAAGGAACAUUCCGCAUCCAGAGAGCCAAAAGUGAGCGCACUUUGUUCCUCUUUGACAAACUGCUGCUUAUUACUAAGAAGAGAGAAGACAUGUUUACUUACAAAGCUCAUAUCUUGUGUGGCAAUCUCAUGUUGGUGGAAGUAAUACCAAAGGAACCACUUAGUUUUAGUGUCUUCCAUUACAAAAAUCCCAAGAUGCAGCAUACAGUUCAGGCUAAAUCGCAACAAGACAAGCGCCUUUGGAUUCUUCACUUGAAGAGAUUAAUAUUGGAAAACCAUCCUGCCAAAAUCCCAGCUAAGGCCAAGCAGGCAAUUCUUGAAAUGGAUGCUGUCUAUCACCCAGGAUUCCAUUACAGCCCAGAAGGAGAGCUGAAAUCGUCCAGUAAUUCUAAAGAAAGUAUUACUACACAGAGAGUAAGAAGAAAGUCAGAACCUUCAUCCAGAACUCACAAAAUUAUAAAACCAAGUGAAAUGGAUCCAGACAUGCAAAAGCGGAUCAGUAUGGAAGGAGCCUUGCUGUCACAGGCUGAAGCUCUCCUCUGUCCCAGGAAGAAGUUUUCAUCAACUUGGAAAGGGCCAGAUUCCAGCAAUGCUACCUAUAGUAGUGAUCAAGAAGAUGGUGUUCUUACGGGUGCUACAGACCAAACGGAUGCAGAUGACGAGGAAGAGACAGAGCAGCAAACACAACAAAAUUCACAGCAGAAGUCAAAGGGAGGUCGCAAAAGGCUAAACAGUCAUGUUGCAGAAAAUUUUGAGAAACGAAGAAGUGUUAAUCUUAACAAAUGUGAAACUCAGAAUUCAGAAGAGCCUGUAGAUGAAGCAUCUUCCCAGGUGAACACCAAGCAAUCAUUUCCCAGCAGUGGAGGUGGUCAGUCUUCUCUACCAUUCACACCGCAGACCAACUCAUUCAUGGCAAAUAUUUUGGAGAGAACAGCUGCAGUGAGAAACAUCUGGACAGACCACCAGAUUCGGCAAGCCUUGUUCCCAAGCAGGCGGCCCCUACAGGAGAAUGUGGAGGAUGAAGAUGACUAUCAGAUGUUUGUGCCAUCAGAGUCUACAUCCAAUUUAGCUUCAAUUGUUGGUGAAGAGAGGAUCCCUUCUGGCCGUCCUUGCAGCUGGCAUGUAGGACUUGGUCACCAAAGUGAUCUUUUGAACUCUAAUUCUCACAGAAUUGUGAGGCGAGCCAGCAGUGCUGGUGAAAACAAAACUUCGCCAUUUUGUUCAAGAUACAGGAAAAAUUGCCUUGGUCAAAAUGCUUCUUGGAAUGAAAUGAAAAAUUCUAGGAGUGACAUGGAUAAUCUGCAGGUCUAUCCAGAAUCUUCUGAAGAACUGACUAUUGAUGACAUUGAGCAUGUCUAUGACAAUAUAAGUUUUGAAGAUUUGAAACUUAUGGGUCUGGCUCGGAGGGACCCACCCGACCAUGCUCCCCAAGGGUCGGCUAAGGAUUCCCUUUAUGAAACCCAAGACCAGGAAGUUACUUUCAAGAAAAUACAGGCACCUCGAAACAGGUCCUCCUUUCCUCUGAACGAAAGUGAAGCUUUUUCAAGGAAAGGCAGUCCACCUGUAAGCUCUCAUGAUCUAAGAAUCAGUGAGGAGAACAUCUACGAUACCAUUAUCCUCCCAGAACAAUCACUGCUGGAUUUCAAGUGUGGCCAUCUUAAGUGUUCCAAAAAGAAAAGUUUUCUGGGUCUGGAAACAGAUUUUGCCUGCUGUGACCACCUCCGGCAAUUUGUAUCUGAAGAAAGUUUCCAGUUCAGUGAAGAUGAAAAUCCCUAUCAUUAUGUUCCGUUGGAUCACGAGUAUUUGAGCCUGGUGGAGAGCUCUUCAAACUCUGAUUCACACUCUCACAAAUCUGCUGCAGAUAAAUUAUCAGAGGAAGUAGAUGAAAUCUGGAAUGACCUGGAGAACUAUAUUAAAAAGAAUGAAGAAAAGACACGAGAUCAUGUCCUUGCAGCUUUUCCGGUCUGCAAAGAUGACAUUGACAAUAAAGCAUCUACUGAAAUGAGUUGUGAAUUAAAUAAAGAUGUGAAUUGUUCUGCACCUGCCAGCUCAUUGCUGGAAACACCUCUUUCCCCCAAAAUGCUGACCCACAAAGUAGCCAGAUUAAGUGAAGCCAAUCUUAGGUUUGAAGAGGCAGCAUCAUGUAAACCAGAUCCACUGACAAGACACAACAGAGCUUCCCUCUCCAAUGAGAUAGCAUUUGUGGAUAGCCUUUAUGAAUCUGCCAGUAGUCUUCUAUGCAGCGCAAAUGUUGAAAGUACUGAAAAUGAACUGGAUGCUGCUGAUAAAACAAAGAACCGGGUCUUCAUGAUGGCAAGACAAUAUAGCCAAAAAAUUAAGAAAGCAAAUCAGCUUUUGAAAGUAAAGAGCCCAGAGCAAGAGCAACUUUUGAGCCGGCAACAGAAAUCAAAAUACAAGGACUUAGCAGCCAUUUUGGAAGAGAAGAAACAAGGUGGCCCUGCCAUUGGUGCCAGAAUUGCCGAAUAUUCCCAGCUCUAUGACCAGAUUGUUUUCCGUGAAACUUCACCCAAAACACAAAAAGCCAGUUCUCAAGAACCAUCCACUAUAAGGUAUUCCUCACCAGUGUCAACAUCCCAGUUAGGUGCUGAAUGCUUAAGAGCAGAAGACUGGCUAUUGCACUCGACUUACAGUAACGGAGAACUGUCUGAUUUUAAUCCUUGGCCAGAAGUCCCUCACCUGAAGUCUAAAACCUCCCUUUCAGAGAUGAGUUCUCCAAAACAUGGUAGGAGACAAAUGGCAGCAGCUGGCUCAGUGCCUUCCCUUCAGACUCCUCUUCACCAACAUGUUCCCGCACAAAGAUGGAGUGCUAUUAUAAGUCAACCUAACAAAGAGAACUUGCACUACAGCCACAUUUACAACUCUUUAGGGAGAAGAGAAAACAGUGCAAAGUCACAGAUGUACAGCAGGUCACAGUCAUCUUCUUCAAUUGUGGUCAACAAAUCUGGGGACACAAUAAAUUAUGCAUCUGAAAUGGGCAAGGAGCAACUACAUUCAAGCAGGAACUUUGUCUUUGACCACUGCCAAGAAUCAGUCCCUGCUGCCACCCUGGGCCUUGCAACAUGGGAUGGGACAAAGCCAAGCCCAGAGAAUCUCUCAGAAAUGAUUCUCCAAGACUCUCAAAAAAUCCUACAUGUCAGCAGAAACUUACUCUCAAAUGCACAAAUUGCUACCCAGAACUAUUUUUCUAAUUUCAAAGACACCGAUGAUGGGGAAGGAGAUGAUGAUGACUAUGUUGAAAUCAAAUCAGAAGAUGAAGGAUCUGAUUUAGAAGCUUUCUAUAGCCGAACAGAUCUCUCACAUCCAAAGAUAAAUGCACAUUCUGCUGUUUCAGAAACUCAUGGUGGCAAAAAUACCUCCCUGGCUUCUGCUAAGCCCUCGGACUCUUUCCUGAACACAUGCAGUGAUUCAGAUAAACUGAAUGACUACCUAUGGAGAGUGCCAUCUCCUAACCAGCAGAACAUUGUCCAGUCCUUAAGAGAAAAAUUUCAGUGUCUUAGCUCAAGCAGCUUUGCUUGAUAUUUUCUAAAAUUUCCAAAUGUUUUGCCUUAAUGCUGACAAAGUCUGUAGUAUGACAGCCAGUAUAUAUGUUUUUUUAACUACCAUUUGCUGAAAAAAAAUUUAAAUUGGCAAGGUUUGGCAGUGUCAAGUAACUGUCUGACUUUCCCUUGCAUACUCUUUUGCUCAUUAUUUUUUUCACUUUGCUGAAAUACUGGCAAUUACUGCGUAUGAGAACAAGUUAUAUAGGCCAGAAAUUUGUAGAAACGGGGGUAGGAAAAAGUAUGGCACAGGCUACAAAACAUGUGGUGAAUAAUAUGUAGCAGUUAUAUAGAGUACUCUCAGGUUUACUAGCUUACAAACCGUACGUAUAUUUUUAUAAACUGAGGUGAAUUACUGUGACUGCAUUUAAGCUUAUUGUGUUGUUAUUUGACAGCAGUGGGAUUAAUACUGCCUCCAUUGUGUUAGUGUAACGCACUUGCUAAGCAAUUUUGAUAAUAAGUACAAUGUGGAUGUGGUACAGACCAAAUGGAAAUUUUGGAAUGAACCAGGAAAAUCUUUUUUAAAGCACUUUCUUUUCUCCAACUCAAGCCCAUAAGAAUAGCUGGAAUGCCCUAUGGGGGAAACAUCUUGCAGGCACUGUUAUUUUGAAUCUAUAGUUUACUGAAAACUAUCUGGAGAUGUUUCUUUUAGAAUUUUUAAAGUUAGUUUAAAAAAUUAGAUUUCUUUCGACAUAGUAUACAUUCCACUUUUAAAAUACAUUUUACAUCUCCUGUUUCUUAAACAGAUAUAUGUAGUCAGUAGCCUUUUUGAAAUAUCUGGUACUCAUGGGUACUGAAUGUUUAAAAGGGACUUCUAAGAAUGAGCAGUGAAAUUUAAAAAUUUUGUAAUCUGACAAGUUAACCUGUGCCUUAGAUAUCACUGUAAAUAUUGGUCACACACACCCAUUUAGCAUAUGAUUGACUAGUGUAUCUCUCCCUAUGGUAGGACACCUAUAAAUGUACAUACAUACAUAUACCUCUUCAAAUUGACACCAGUCAUAUGUCAUUCAUUGGGCAUAGCCAUUGCAUGUGGUGUCUAAGGGGGACAGAGAGAGCUCUGUUAUUAAUAACGCCUUCAUGCUUUUAGUAUCCACAAAUGCAUGAAUAGGGUUAUUUCUGCCAGUACCUCUUUAUCACAUAGUUUUGGUCUAGAUAACUUGAAACAGUAGCAGAUGACAUCCAGUGUAUACUUAAUUUUCAGAUGGGGGGGAGGGGUCUUAAGUACUGGCCAGAAUGCUAUUGGUUUGUUAUGUGAUAAGUGCAGUGGCAUACACUGCAGUGGCACGUUGCUGCUAGUUAACAAAUUGUAUUCCCUGUUCUGCACCAACUGAUGUGAUUAACCUAUGACAAAGGGUACAAGCAGCAAGUUAACUAGUGGCAACAUGCUGGUGCAAAUUAAACAACUACACUUGCACUGGCAUACCUAACCAGUAGCAUUCUGGUUCCUGUUUCCACUUUAUUCUUAAUGCAAAGCCCAGCCCUUGUAAGUUUUAUCAUAUCAGCAGUAACUGUACUUUGAUAGGUGGCGACUGACAAGCGUAUAUUCUUUUCUACUGAAAUGAAUACUGAAGAACACGAUUGUUAAAUUACUCCAAACUAUAUACCAAAAAUAUUUUCACUGUUGCAAAAAAAUAAAAUAAAAUUUAAAUAUUAGGGCUUUUCUUUCUGUUCUACUAUGAACUCCCAAUUUUCUUAUGCACAGGUUCUGAUUUCAGUAGAGAAGCUGACCACAAUUCAAGCUGUAUCUAGUAAAAACUGAUGAUAAAUGUGAUGAAUGUUUAAAUAUUAAAUUACGAAACAUGAUUUUUUUUAAAUAAAAUACAGUUGUGAAAUAUUUGGUUACAUUAACAAUAAGGAUAUUUAGUGUGCUAGACAGAGAAAUUUUUGUUAAUCUGAUAAAAUAAUGGGAUAUAAUCAGUGAAGCCAAGAGGAAUGAAAUUUGUUAUGUACCUUUGUAAGGAACAAACAUCCAUGUGUUUAAGGUACUGUAUUUUUAAUCUUGCAGAUAGAGAAGCAAGUAGCUGAAAUUCACAACUGGUUAAGCCCGGGGGAACAGUUUUGUAAAGAGAACAGUUUUUCAGAUCUUGAUGGGAAAAUUAGACUUCAAGACAAACAAAGUGUUGUAGCUAGUUCAUGUAUGUAUUGUUGAUAGAUGAUUUUAGCAACACAAAUCAAAGUAUCCCUAUUUGCUUAACCCUUUAAAAAGAACCACUUACUGACUUUUAACUGAAGAACACAAAUCUGCAUGUCGUUAAGAAUGCAGCCAAAACAACAAAAAACAAACAAAAAAGCCAGUAUUGCUCUAGUUUGACUUUUACAUAUGCACCUAUCAACAGUUGGGAAUAUCACGCAAGACACUGAAGUUGCUUUAUCCAUAUAUCUGCAUAUUCUUAUCCCUAUUCUGGACAGUAAAUUUAUCUAAUAUAAAGACCUCUAAAAGGAAGAAUUGUUUUAUUAAACAACAAAAUUAGCAAUGUGAACUGAAUGAAAUUCAGAUCAGUGUUAGGUGAUACUUAGAACAAGCAAAACAUGGGCUCGCUUGGUACUGCUUUUAAGGAACCCCCCCCAAAAAAAUACAAUCAUAGGCUAACAGAUCCAUUUUACCACCUGAAUGUUCCUGAGUACAUUACUGUAUUUCAUUCCUUGCAGUGGGUAGCACAGAAAAUGCAAGGGAAAGAGUGGCUCUUGCUACAGUUGGGAGAAGUGGGCCAGGCAAUCAGUUUCCAGCAGAAGGCACCAGAGAAAAUGCCAACGAUAUCAGUCAUACUACGCUUGUUGUUACCCUAUUGCUUUUUUUAAAAGGUGGAAUUAUCUUUUAUUUCGAAGAUUUAUACCUCUCCUUUGUGACUUUUACAGACAGCAUCUGAAAGAACAUUCACCUUAACCAUGUAAUUUUACUUGUAAAAGAUUGAUUUUAAUGUAUUACUAUUCUGUAUUUGUUGGUUGUACUGCACUACACUACUGGACAGGGUUCAAAAUGGAGUCACACAUUCAGGAUGUUUCCUAAUUUCUGCAUCUCAUAUGGUAGCAUUUUAUUCAGUUGUUAAGAGACAGAAUCUCUAUGUUGCACUUUUUCCAUGACAUUUUGUAAGGAACAUGUAAAAAUGUAUGCACGUGUAGAAGACUUCUUAAGUAAAGCUUUUCUCAUUUUGUUAUGCUUAAAAGCUGAGUUUAAAGCAUGCCAAACCCAAACGUAUGUAUUUAAUACUGCUUAGGAAUAAAUACUGUUUGCAGUAAAUAAUUUGAAAAAAAUUAAA